AUGAAGUUCACUGGUGUCACCAUUUCUCUUGCCCUUGCUGGCCUCGCCUACUCCGCCGCUAUCCCCGCCCUCGGCGACAUCCAGGGCACCGUUUCGGGCAUUGGGAGCACCGUUGGGGAUGCCGCAGGUCCCGCCACUAACCUUGUUACGCCCAUCACUUCUACCGCCGGCGGCCUGAAUGGUGUCAAGCGCGAUAAUACCGCCGCCAUCGGCGAUACUAUCCAGACUGUCCCUGGCAUUGCCAACGGCGGUGUUGCCAUCACUGGUAGUGCCGUUGGUACCGCCAUUGGCGGUGCCGUUCCUGCUGCAAAACGUCAGCUCAACGACCUCGUUGGCAGCACCGUGGGUUCUACCGUUGGUAGCACUGUUGGCUCCACUGUUGGAAGCACCGUUCCCGCCACCGUUGGACAGGUUGGAGCCAUUGUUGAUGGCGUCGGUAAACGCCAUGGUAUCGCUGGCAACAGCGCAAUCUCUCAGAUCACCAGCAACCCUGCCGGUCUUGUCUCUGCUCUGGGUGCUCUCAAGCACGCUGUCAAUGCCGGCGAGAUUACCCAGGGCCAGCUCUCUCAGCUCCCUGUCCUUCACAACGUUGUUGCUCUCCUCAACAUUUAA